AGCAUGGUAAAAGUCAAUGAUCGUAAUGAGAUGAAGAAGUUGGCCCGCUUCCCUUCGUGCUCCCGUGCCAGUAUCCUCGAGCUGCCCGCACAGUAUGACCAUCAGGGUGGCGGCCAGGCUCGUCGUGCUUGACAGCCGGGCGCAGUAACUCGGAAUAUCGACUGACCAGCUCUGCCGAUAUUGGUUCGGUGGAAAGCGAGCUCAAGUCUGUCUUAUUUUAGCUUCACUCGCAGAGAGGGCCUUGUCCGCAACCCGUAGUCAUGCCUGAAGAAGUGCUCGAAGAGGAAGAGGAGGAGGAGGAAGAGGCUGAAGCAGAGGAAGUGGAGGAGGAUGAUAAGAAAAAGAAGAAGCAUAAGAAGAAAAAGAAAGGAAAGAAGAAAAAGAAGGGCAAAAAGAAAAAGGGCAAGAAGAAGAAGGGCAAGAAGGGAAAGAAAGGAAAGAAAGGGAAGAAGGGCAAGAAAGGAAAGAAGGGCAAGAAGGGAAAGAAAGGCAAGAAGGGAAAGAAGGGAAAGAAAGGAAAGAAGAAGGCGGCAGAGCCCGAACCAGCAGAUAGUUCAAAAACUGAGACAUCCAGUACGGAAAGUACACCUGCGGCAUCCCCUGCGUCGCCUGCGAAACCUGCGAAGCCUUCCCCUGGAGCAACGUCACCUUCGAAGGCGGCCCCAGCCAUAAAACGUACGAGCGUACCGGCUGGCGGCCCACAAGCACCGGGCAUGCAGCCUCCACAACCUGGCCAAUCUUCUCCUAUGAGCGUGUCAGUGUACCAGAGAGGGAUGCAACCAGGUAUGAUGGGACCCCCACAAAUGAUGGCACAAAUGCCAUAUGGUGCGGCUUCCCAGCCUGGUAUGAUGGGAUAUCCACCGAGGUUCGCGACGGUACAGACUUCAGUGACGUCUCUCGUGCAACAAGGAGAGGGCGUUGUACUCGACGUUAAAUGCCGGAGAAAGAGGCGACCAAGGCUUUCGGACUCUUAUAGCUCUGGCGUAGGUGACUCCUCCGCCAACUACUACCAGCGCCGACCGAGCGUCAGCGAAGUUACCGGAAGCAGUGGCGAUAGUGGGCGUAGCUAUCCCCGUGUUGUGUACAUGAGGAGUGUAACACAAUCUCCGAGUGAAACCACCUACCAGAGCAGUCGGAGCAGGGAGCCGAUGUACAUGAUGCCGCAGCAACAGUCUCAGGGGCUGAUGCCGCAGCAACCCGUGAUUAUUCAUCACCAGCAGGCCCAAAUGCCCCAACCAGUGAUCAUCCACCACGAGACACAUUCCAUUCCUCAAUCACUUCCCGGCGCACAAACCUCACAGCCCCUGAUCAUACACCACGAAGCGGACUUUUCUGCCGAGCCCGAGUACCCUAUGAUGAGGCGGCCACGUCGGAUCCACUCCAUGCCGUCUUCACCGUUGAUGCCUCAGUCAGUUCCCUCAAUGAUGCCCAUGCAGUCACCGUCCGUUGCUAUGCCGCAACAAAUGAUGAUGCCACAGAUGGUGCCACAAAUGGUGCCUCAAAUGAUGUACCCGCCCAUGAUGCAAGGUCCGCGUCCACCGCCUUUAUCUCAACCUCAAGGGGUCCUUUCGAACAGAGAGAAGGUUAUCUACAUGGUUGAGCGGUCUGGAGACAGAGACAGCGACAGCGACGACGACGAUCGCAGGCGUCGACGUAGAUCACGCGGAAAGAGGUCGAGGUCGCGCAAGAGGCAUCGUCGUCGUAGUCGUUACAGCCAUUACAGUUCCUCUUCGCCGUCAGAGUCCUCCGCGUUUGAGACACCGUCAGCCCCGGCCCUUCUCACGAGGACUGCAGUGUAUCAGCCAUCGCAAGCACAGUUAGCCAUGCAACCGGCUUACUUAUCCGGAAUGCCGCAACAGCCCUACAUGACCGCUAUGCCUAGCAGCAAUCAAGACCUGGUCUCCAUGGAGAGGGCCAUGAAAAAGAUGUACAUCGACAGAUACCCCAGCGACAACGACAGGUCACUACUGUACCCAGAGAGGUCCCUGAUUAUUCUCCUAGUUGUUGUCUUCAUCUUUGUAGCCAUGGUCGUAGUCCUGUCCGUGGUGGGAUCUUCCUACCCACUGUUCCCACGUUUGUUCUCUUACAGCUCAAGCGAAGCACGACGGCCAUAACAUUCCGUACCUUCACAAGACAGGGCCACCCAUGAAUGUCACAACAAGGAAGUAGCACGCACCAGCUAGACUGUCUUGUUUGCAGAUGAAACACUACACCUACGCCGAUGGUAGUACAGCGCUUGUUCCUGAAGUUGCAGCUCAAUAAAGCUGAAGGGUCACACUUUUCA